UUCGCUCCCAAUGCUGAUCCUCUCCUACAACGGUCCUCAAAUAUCUACUGUUACUCCUGCCCAAUAGUCAGCUUGGUGCCCACUUUGUGCAUGCGGCUCGUCCAGCUUGAAAUCCGUCGUCUUUUGGUCAAGGUACCAACCGGCCGAAAACCCGAUUUCAACUAGAUCCGCUUCGGAUCAUAUCUGCUUAUCAGAUAAGGAACCAAAUCGUUAUCAGGCGACAUCUAUGGCGCGUAACCAUAUGGCUCGUAGAAAAGAAGGGGCUAUAUAAGCUUCUCUCCUUUCCUUUUACCCGCCAUGGAGGAUCACAAGAGUGUUUCCAGCGAGGUUCCCCACCUUGGCGCCGAGGAGGUUGUCGCCCACAGCGGUGUUGCCAAGAUCAAGGCUACACAUAAGGUAUACGGCAAAUAUUCCAGGUGGUUCCUGUUUAUUGGGCUGGGUCUGUCCGCGUACAUCUAUUCUCUCGAUGGACAAACUACCUGGGCGUACCUUGCAUUCGCGGCGUCGUCUCUGAACGACCACAGUCUUAUUAGUACUAUCCAGGUCGCGCAGUCUAUCAUCAUUGCGUGCGGGAAGCCUGUCAUUUCCAAGGUUGCCGAUGUUCAGUCAAGAGGAACAGCCUACGUUGCAGUUUUGAUAUUUUAUGUCAUCGGUUAUAUCGUCAUCGCCAGCGCCCACAGCAUCCAGACGAUAGCCGGAGGUAUUAUCUUGUAUGCUAUCGGUUACACAGGCCUCCAGCUCCUUACUCAGAUCAUCAUUGCUGAUAUAACUACCCUGCAAUGGCGUGGUCUCGUCUCUGGGUUGAUGUCCCUCCCGUUCAUCAUCAAUGCUUUCAUUGGCAGCAAUAUCAGUACGCAGGUCCUCCAUGGGGCAGGGUGGAGAUGGGGAUAUGGAAUGUUCGCGAUCUUGAUUCCCGCGUCCUUGGCUCCACUCAUCGUCACCCUUGUUUGGGCGGAGAGGAAGGCAAAGAGACUUGGUUUGGUGCCGAAGAAACCAGUCGAAAAUAAACCUUUGUAUAAGAAAGCCUUCGAUCUUGCAUCUCAGCUCGACAUCUUCGGCCUGGCACUCAUAGGAACGAGUGUCGCGUUGAUCUUGCUACCUCUGACGCUAGCGGACAAUGCAAAGGGGCAAUGGCACAAUCCAUCAAUGAUUGCCAUGGUGGUUAUUGGCUGUGUACUCUUCCCUCUUAUCGGUCCAUGGGAGUUCAAGUUCGCUAAGUUCCCAGUGGUUCCAUGGAGAUACGUCAAGAAUCGAAGUGUCGUUGGUGCAAGUUUGAUCGGUUUCUUUGAUUUCAUCUCGUUCUACCUGACAUAUGUGUACCUAUACUCCUUUGUUCUCGUUGUGAAGCCAUGGACUUUGAUCAACGCGACAUACUUUAUACAGACUCAAUCCGUUGGGCUCACAUUCUUCGGUAUCUGUGCUGGUGCAGCGAUGCGUUAUUUCCAUCGAUACAAGCUGAUGCUCAUCAUUGGCCUAUGUAUCCGAUUGCUUGGUGUUGGUCUCAUGAUUCACUCCCGCGGCGCCAACGCGUCAGACGCAGAGAUCGUUUGGACUCAGAUCCUGCAAAGUAUGGGCGGCGGCAUGGCAUCGGUCACGAUCCAGGUAGCUGCUCAAGCUAGUGUUCCUCAUAUCGAUGUUGCUAUGGUUACUGCGGUCGUGCUUCUCUUGACUGAGAUCGGGGGAGCUAUUGGAAGUGGUAUCGCUGGCGCUAUCUGGACAGGGAUCAUGCCAGAUAAAUUAGCGAAGUACUUGCCUUUUGUCUCGGCUGAGGAACGAGCGGCUCUUUAUGCGAGCAUUACUACGGUGACUACAUACCCGAGGGGUAAUCCUAUCAGGGAAGGCGUCAUUUCAGCAUAUUCGGACGUAAUGAAAGUCAUGCUCAUUAUUGCAGCCGUCCUGAGUGUUGUGCCUGUGAUAGUAGCGUUCUUUAUGCCGAACUGGUACCUCGGCGAUACGCAGAACGCUGUCGAUAAGGAAGGUUUGGCUGGCGAGAAGGUCCCAGAAGACCAGAAGGUGUAAAAUGAUGCGUUUCUUUCCUUACUUUUCUAUUCGUAGCAUUAUCGCAAACCACUAUUAUCGAAAGUUAGUAACGACUUUUGUUGAAUGGAUGUAUGUGAAU